UUUCUCCCUCUCUCUCUACACGGAGUUUCUUCGCCUCUCUGCCGGGAACUUCGCCCAUCAGCCGUCUGCCAGCGCUGUGGGGAAGACAGCUCACUGCGGGGCGAGCAGCAGAUUUGUAUAUAUAUAUGUUGUCCUCUGCAUGGUAGGUGCGCUGUCACUCAGUAUAUUAAAUAUUCCUGACUCUGCCUGACUCUCAGAGACCGCACACCGCUCCCGGAGAGCCUCGCCAGUGUUCACUUUCAGUUACAAUCUCUAGAAUUAGCGACAGCGGCAGCAUUCAGACAGCCAUGUCCAGCACACAAGAUGCGCCUUCCUUCUUUAAGAACAUGGGCUCCGGGAGCCCCAAGCCGCGGCAGAAAUUCUGUGGCAUGUUCUGUCCGGUGGAGGGCUCGACAGACAAUAAGACGCUGGAUUUCGGCUCCCUGACCGGUGGGCGAGGCGGGGAUGUGGCCGGAGCCAGGAAUACCAACAGGGUCAUUGCCCAACAAAGAGACAUCUCGACUCUGGACCGCGGGAGGAAGGUGGAGAUCCGCAGCGGUUCGGGGAAGGAAGCGUUGCAGAAUCUCAAUGACCAGAGUGACCGGAUGUUGAUCAAAGGGGGUCGAAUCGUCAACGAUGACCAGUCCUUCUGCGCUGACAUCUACAUGGAAGAUGGGGUGAUCAAGCAAAUUGGGGAGAACCUGAUCGUCCCAGGCGGGGUGAGGACCAUCGAUGCCCACGGCCGCAUGGUGCUCCCAGGGGGGAUCGAUGUGCACACGCGCUUUCAGAUGCCGGACCGGGGCAUGACUGCAGCCGACGACUUCUACCAGGGAACGCGGGCAGCACUGGCAGGGGGCACCACGAUGAUCAUUGACCACGUGGUCCCGGAGCCCGGGAUGAGUCUGCUGACCGCGUUUGAGCAGUGGCGCGAGUGGGCGGACAGCAAGUCAUGCUGCGACUACUCCCUUCAUGUGGACGUGACCGAGUGGCACAAGGGAGUGCAGGAGGAGAUGGAGGCUCUGGUCAAGGACCACGGUGUCAACUCUUUCCUGGUCUACAUGGCAUACAAAGAUGUGUUCCAGCUCUCUGACUCCCAGAUCUAUGAGGUGCUGAGUGUGAUUCGGGACCUGGGUGCCGUUGCGCAGGUCCAUGCGGAGAACGGAGAUAUCAUCGCUGAGGAGCAGCGUCGAAUCCUGGACCUGGGGAUCACAGGACCAGAGGGACACGUGUUGAGCCGGCCAGAGGAGGUAGAGGCAGAGGCAGUGAACCGCUCUGUAACAAUCGCUAACCAGACCAACUGCCCGCUGUACAUCACCAAGGUAAUGAGCAAGAGUGCUGCUGACAUCAUUGCCCUGGCCAGGAAGAAAGGUUCUGUGGUUUACGGAGAGCCCAUCUCUGCCAGCCUGGGUACUGAUGGAUCGCACUACUGGAGCAAAAACUGGGCGAAAGCGGCUGCCUUUGUCACCUCUCCCCCGCUGAGCCCGGACCCCACCACCCCUGACUAUCUCAACUCUCUUCUGUCCUGCGGAGACCUGCAGGUGACUGGCAGUGCCCACUGCACCUUCAACACUGCCCAGCGCGCUGUGGGCAAGGACUGCUUCACCCUGAUCCCCGAGGGCACCAACGGGACAGAGGAGAGGCUUUCCCUCGUGUGGGACAAGGCCGUGGUGACCGGGAAGAUGGACGAGAACCAGUUUGUGGCCGUGACCAGCACCAACGCAGCCAAGAUCUUCAACCUGUACCCACGCAAGGGGCGCAUUGCUGUGGGCUCCGAUGCCGACCUGGUCAUCUGGGACCCCGACUGCGUGAAGACCAUCUCCGCCAAGAACCACAACCUGGCUGUGGAGUACAAUAUCUUCGAGGGGACAGAGGUGCGCGGAGCCCCUCUGGUUGUGAUCAGCCAGGGGAAGAUGGUGCUGGAGGAGGGGACCCUGCACACCGUCGAGGGGACCGGCCGCUACAUCCCCCGCAAACCCUUCCCGGACUACGUGUACAAGAGGAUAAAGGCUCGCAGCAGGCUGGCUGAGCUGAGAGGGGUACCCCGCGGCCUGUACGACGGACCGGUCUGCGAAGUCUCGGGGACCCCCAAAACCAUGACCCCUGCCUCCUCCACCAAGACCUCCCCCGCCAAGCAGCAGUCGGGCCAGUCGUUGCGCAACCUGCACCAGUCCGGGUUCAGCCUUUCCGGAGCCCAGGUUGACGACAACAUUCCCAGACGCACCACCCAGCGCAUUGUGGCUCCUCCUGGGGGAAGGGCCAACAUCACCAACCUCGGCUAAACCAGCUCCUAUUGGCUGACUGGGGGUGGAGAGGCGGGUCCAGCCCUAGUCAGUGUUGAGCCUGUGACCCUCACUUCAAACAGACGGGCUCAACAGCGCCCCCUAUCUCACUUCCCUAAACCACCCUCCACCCAACACACAGACACCCACUAACACAAUCAAGUCUCCUAAACACUACACUCCAUGCUCCGGCACUCAAGACUCUAGUAUUAUUAUUAUUAUUAUUAUUAUUAUUAUUAUUAUUAUUAUUAUUAUUAUUAUUAUUAUUAUUAUUAUUAUUUAGUGUUUUAUACUGUAUUACCCACCUGCCAUCACCAUAGUUGUUUUUAAAAGGAAGAAUAAAGUGAAUUGACCCUGAGCUGUUAAUAACAACAAUAAAUCAUUACAAGAAAACAAAGGGAGGAAUUCUGUAGAAGUUUCUAAAGUUUUUUAUUCAGAAGUUUUUUUUGUUUUAUUUUGUUUUUAAUUCUCAGUUCAUCAUCGCUUGACAUUCAAAAGAUCAAAAUGGCAGCUCCACAGGAAAGAAAAAGAUUGCCAAGCGACAAAAUUCUUCUUCUUAUUUUGUGUUUUGUUGUGAAACAUUAAAACGGUGUCUCAGUGGA